GCAGGUGGGUGCGGUGUCGACGGCGGCGCGGCGCGCGCAGCAUGCCACCCAUGUGUGCCGCCCUGUUCCGACCGUGGGCCGAGACGGCGCCGGUCCCGACGGCCCCGGCGGCCGACAGCCAGUUCCGACAACCUCCCGCGGACACCGGAGACACCGACACCAGCGCGGACACGGCGGCUGCGGCGGACACGGCGCACCGGACACACGCCGCGGACACGGCCCCGUCGCCGGGACAGUCGGCGGACAGCGGACAGUCGUCGGUACCGCCGCGGCCCCCGGCGUGGCCCUCGUCCGGCUGGCUGCGGUCCGGCGCCCCGUCACCGCCACUCGUCUGGAGCGCCCUUCAGCUGCUGGCGGAGGAAGAGUCCCGAAAGGCCGCCACCAAGCGGAGACGCGACAAGAAGUUCCCCUGUCCCAAGUGUCCGAUGACCUUCUCCAAUAAGGGUCAGCUGACCGGGCACUACCGCAAACACACAGGCGAGCGCCCGUUUGAGUGCGAGACGUGCCACAAGCGGUUCACGCGGAACGAGGAGCUCACCCGACACACGCGCAUCCACACGGGCGACCGGCCGUUCGGCUGUGAGCUCUGCGGCAAGCGGUUCGGCCGCAAGGACCACCUCAACAAACACCAGCGGACCCACGCGGCGCCCCUGUACGCCGCCGGACUGGCAUCGAUGACGUCACCAAUCCAUGCCGCCGUGACGUCGCAAAUGCACGCCGCUGUGACGUCACAAAUGCACGCCGUGCUGGCCCCGUAUCCGUUUGGUUACGGUACCGAUCCCCGUAAACUGUUUCAGUGAUGACUGCUAUUCAGUCAGUUAUGACUCGAUAUGAAGUGAUUAUUUAGUUUGAUAACUCAUGUCGUUCUCGUGUGAUUGCAUGUAACGCAUGCCGAAUAGUUCUAUUUUGUGAUUUAUAUGAUAUUUGUAAAAUAUAUUAUUUAAUUUGA